AUGGAUGAAAAACAUGUCUGCGGAAAUUGGAGAUCCACCAAGCGGCUUGGAAUGGAACAACAGAUCCAUCAAUGUUUGCUCGUUCUUAAACACUUUCCGCAAGAUAUUACGGAUCUCUGUGGAAAGAACAUACUUGGACCCUUCCUUUGGCUGUGCAAAUUCGUCAGUACCAUUUGGCUUCUCCGAGCCGUUGGAACCAUUCUUCAACAUGUCGUGUCUCUGAAGACCUUUGAUUCUAUUGUUGGAGAUCUGUUUAUCUUUGAGUCCCAAUUCGAAGAUCUUGGAGAAUCCAUCUUUUCUGAAAGUUGGCGAGUACAUUCCACAGUUGUCACAUCUUGGUCUACUCAAAAUGCGCUUGUAGAAAUCGUAGAUCACGGCCUUUCUUUCUUCUGCGACGGUGGCAGUCAUGACGCCGUGCUCGGUGGUACGUCCGUCCGACAGCGCCUUUGCUAUGCUCAUAUCAACGUAAUGCUGUCUUUUUUCCAUCAGAUCACGGUCGGCUUUGGUGUUGACCUUCUGGGGACCGUCGUCCUCGAUGGCUUCAUCACCAUCGUCCUCGGAUUCCGAGCGCAUAUUGUCAAGUUCCAGAGCCUCCAAAAGCAGGCCGUACUGGAUGAGUUUCAAUUUGCAUUCGUACUUAUGCACGUCCAUGGCUCUGAGUCUAAAAUGGUGACAAUAUAG